AGGCCUCUCUAAUAUUUUCAAGUGGGAGAACUUGCACAAUUAGUGGUUGACUAAAUACUUAUUUGCCCCACUAUACAUAUGGACAAUUUAGAGUGUUCAAUCAGCCCUACCAUGCAUGUUUUUGGGAUGUGGGAGGAAACCCACAUAGGCACGGGAAGAACGUGCAAACUCCACACAGAAAGGCUUGAACAGGAUUGAACCCUUGAGCUCAGAACUGUGAGGCGAAUGUGCAAAGCACUCAGCCACUGUGCCACCACAAAAUCUUUUUAAUUUCAGAAAAUAGGGAAACAUUGUUGAUCAGUGUUUUUCAAAAGAAAAAACAUGAUUAAAAAAUGUCCCUUUGUUUUUUAUUCAUUCAUUUUUAGAUGCACCGAAAUAAAAAUGAUUUCUUUAGGCCUGUCCGUGAGCCCCACCUCUGGUGAAUAGUUACUUUCUAUAUUUCACAUUUUAGCAAGGAAGCAGUUCACAUUCUCAUGCAAAGUUAUCCCCCUCAAACACUGGUAAACAAUUCCUAAGUCUAUCUGUGAUGUGAAUAUGUUUGUGUAUUUUGCUGCGGUGUGGGUGUCGGAGGAGGGGUGUCAGCUGAUGAUAAGGGCGGGAGUGUUGGAUUUCAUCAUGCUGUUUAUGAAGGGUAGGGGCGUGUGUGCGUGUGUGUUCAUGGUUGUAAGAGAGACAGUGCAAAGAGAGAGAGACUUGUGAAAAGAUAGUGUUGGGUUUCAUACAGUGUUGCCAGAUUAGGCGGGUUCCCGCCCAAUUGGACUCCUAGUCAAAAUGGAUUGGACGUCUAUCGCUGUCAAUGGCAGCCAAAUAGCUAAUGAUAUAUCGAUCUUUAUAAACUCACAAUGCAACAAUGAGUUAAUGUGUAGUUACUUUGGUAAUGAUUAAUGUGAGUUUAACUUCACAAUCUUAGUUAUAGUAUGAAAAUAAAUAUACAUGGGGCCAGGCCCUGAGUGGCUAAUCAGGAGGAUCGGGAUAAAUCCCGGUGGAACGGCCGGUCAGAAGGGUCGAUCUGGUCCGGGUUUUACACAUUUUAAUGCGACAUUAUUCUAAUUUUUUUAUUGGUAUUUAUUCAUGACAUUUGGUAUUACUUACAUACUGUUACCGCUGUCUCUGUGGGCUGUCUUUAAAAUAUAUAAAUAUACAGUAGGCUAUAUAUUUUACAUUUAUAUAUGUAUUUUUUUCAGAAGCAUCCUGACGUGUGCACGGUCUGUAGAGUCUGUAUUGUGCCAGAUGUGCUAUUAGCUCGGUGCCGUGCUGGAUCAUUCAUGCAUUAAAAGAGCUAGGGUGGAGCUGAAAAAAUAAGAAUAAAAAAUAGAAAAGGCUUGUAAAAGAAUCGGCAAAAUGUGCAAAAAUAGCAAGUUUUUUAACACAAUGAGCUCGCGGGCUCAAACGACAGAGGAUUACAAUGAAAGUGGUGAGGCAAGACGACGAAUAAAAUGCAACUUUGCAAACCGUGUGACAUGACAACAACAUAUAACUGUGGAAACUAUGGCUUGUUAUAGCACCUCAUCAGAGAGAUGCAGCAACAAGGACCAGCCGUGAUGAGAACACCAUAGGUUCAGAGCAAGGAGGUAGGAUUGCAAUUUUCAGUGAGUGAAUAUUAGAAUUAAUAUAAUCAAUUACGUGGCAUCUUAAAGUGCCAUAAUAUUGACUUGAAUUGAUCAGAAUGCUUUGUUUAAAAAAAAAAAAAAAAGGAGGACGGGGGGAGGUCUGUUACGUUUUAUGCCUUGGAAACUAUAUGUCUGUAAGUAUUGUACAACUGUGUGUUUGAAAGGAAAAGUUAUUUGAAAGUUCAUUAAUAAGUCCUCUUGUAUGGAAACUAACCUAUACUUAAUAGCCUGUUGCUCAAGUGAAGUGUGGCGUCUACAUGGUACAGUAUUUGUAUACCGGUGUGUAUUGUGCACUUGUGUUGAAUGCAUGCAUGUUUGUUACAGUUUCACAAAUUUAAACGAUUUACCCAUCCGUCCGUCCGUCCGUCCGUCCGUCAUCUACUGCCUAAUCCGGGGUUCAUACAAAAACAAGAAAAGACCAAGCCUUGUGUUUUAUUGGAGGACAUUCAAUGUUAGCUAGCUGUCAGGGAGUACACACGGAAAUGCACUGUUUUAGACAGUAAACCUAUAUAUAUGUUUGUAUUUUUUUAAGAGCUUAAAAGUAACAAAAUAAUCCAGAAAUACAAUGGCAUUUUCAAAAGAAACAAAAAUAUACACGUUUUAUCCUCCGAAACAUUGGAAAAAGAGGAAAUACAGCACUGUAACAUGUUUUGAACUUUUGUUCAAAUAUUAUAUAUGGCGGAAAACACUCAGGUGACUUGAAGUUCCGCUCUGAGACCCCAAUUUGGCCAAAUUUCAAAAUUGUCUGAUAUGCAUGUGUGAUAUAUCAUUGGAAAGCUUAAAAUCUCAAUUUUUGGGGGGGAAGAAAAAUUUGAACAAGAAGGCAUUAAAAAAAAAAAAAAAAUUUUAAACAGCGAAACCCUAACUAGAGGUGAGAGCAUGAGAGAGCAUAAUUAAAGACACCAUGAUUUUAACGAGCUAUUAUCGUGUACACACCUUGAUCCAAAAACUCCAUGUAGCAUGUAUCAUAGAGUGUCAAGACACAGAUGUGAAUGGUCACAGCCGGAUUUUUGGGGGAUAUUAUGGGUGAAACAUGGUAAUAUAACAAGGAUCGCGAUGCAGAAAUCAAGGACAUGGUAGAGAUUUUCUUUUUCAUAUAUUUCCCCUUUAAAAAUUUUUUUUCCCCAUUUUUUCUUUUUUUGGAUAGAUUAUUUAUCAUCUAACAUAUUGGGGAAAAUGCAAUAGUGACAAAAAAAAUACAAUUAAUCGAUAGUUAUGAGGUAGAUAUCCGAGACUUAUUUACAGACUCCAUUUUUUUCAUUGUGUCGUAAUUUGUUUGAAAGUUUAAAAUAUCCGAGUGAAUAAUUUUUUUAAGUCGUUUUUUUUUUUUUUUUUUUUAAAUGAAAUAUUAGACAUCAAUUCAUGAUUCAUUCAUUCAUUCAUUCUCAGCUAAAAAUGACAGACAUUUUGAAUAAUAAAUAUAAUUACUUACCUUCUUUCUAUGGCUGGGUUGAAACAAAAGCGACGUCUGUAAAUGGAGGUUCCCAGGGUAAAACGGACAAAUUAAAAAUAGUUCGGGGGCUGAAUGCGCCAUGAAUCUGCAAUGGCUGUAUAUAGACAUAUUGUUCUAUCAAACACAACAGUUCUUUUGAUUUAAAAUACAGCAGUAUAUUUUAAAGAGGAGUGCAUGAGCAGAGACUGCUUUUUCAGUCUUGUCUGUGUUUGGUAUUAUAUCAAGACUGCUGCGUCACCAGUAGAUGGAUGGCAAUGUAGUGGAAAAGCGCUAUACAAGUAUAACACCAUUUACCAUUUAUCGGCAGACUUUCAAAAUCACAUGACUCGGACUCGAGUGCAAAAAAUAUGUGACCAGGACAUCCCUACUUUAAAUGAUAUAAACAGGCCGGUCUGAGGCAUGAAAUUCCCGGGCAGAAAAUGAGUCCCACUCCAGCCCUGCAUGGGACUAUGUAAGGGAAGCAUCUGAUCUUAAAGGGAAAUUGUAAUUUGGGCUGGUUUUUAUUUAGCUGGGUGGGAUUUAUGUGAUGUGAUUGUUAGUGCUGCAACGAUUAAAUUAUUAACUCGAGUAUUUGAUUAGAAAAAAAAAUUCUAAUAAAAUUUGCUGCCUUGAGUAUUGGUUUAAUUAAAGUGGCGUUGUAAUGGUUUGUUUUGAAAGUGUUUGCAUUUAGUUUUAUUGAUUUGGGUGGAUACACUGCCCUCUAGUCGGCCUCAUUUCACAUGGCUGAAUCCAGUUGCUCCCUGUUAAGACCAACAUAAGCUAAGUUUUUGUUUGAACUGUUUUUUUUUUUUUUUUAUGCAUUCAUAAUUUAGUUUAAAGGUACAUUUAGCCGUUUUUUGUGGGAAUAUGUGUUUGAACUAUUUGUUAAGAGCAUUGUAAAAAUAAAAAUAAAAAGUUGACAUUUUAUAGCAUUUAAACUAGUGGACUUUUGCUAUGUAAGUUAGUCAAUUGUUUUUAUACCGUUCGAGGCUCAGGUCAGGUAUUUUAAUUUUUUAUGUCACUUAUCCGAUUACUCGAUUAUUCGAACUAACGAGGUCAUCGAUUAAUCGACUACUAAAAUAAUCGAUAGCUGAAGGCCUAGUGAUUGUGCUGGAUUCUUUCUUCCGAAUCUGGCAACCCUGGUUUCAUCAUAACGUGCGUGUCAGAGAGGAACUGAAGCACUCUAAGUCACAUGAGUCCCUCCAGAGAGAAAACACUACUCCUUCCCUCCCGCCGUCCCUCCAUUUUCCCCUCAAAACUGUUUAGACUAUUUAGACACUCGCUUAGAAUAUCAACUUGCUUGUUCUAUUUGGUCCUUUUCUCGGCCUCGGUCGCGAUCCUCCUACUUAUUUCAGCCCAAGCUGUACCGUGCACGCGCACUGUCAGGCGCAGAUGUCGGGCGCGUACUGACGUAAACCGGUAGUCUUUGGCGAAGCUGCCGCUAUUAAUAUCGCCUAAUGAAGUUAGUCGUCAAGGCGGGUCGUCCCCUUGCAUUCGCUGUCAGUGGGGAGGAGGAGGAGAACUGUCGAGGGUGCUGUAGUUUGACACCGAGCGCGCCACAGUGCCUCCCUCCUCCUUGCGCUUCUGCUCCGUCGAAUAGAAGAAAACAGAAAGCAUGUUGUAAAGUUUCGUUUCUCAUCCAAGCCGCUUACCAGCCCCCCUUGUUUCGCUUACCGUUUCUCUUAUUGAUGCGCUGCACCACAAUCGCAGCACAGUAUAUAUACACAUAUACGAGUGAGUGUGUCCGUCUGCAGUUCAAUCAAAUUAAAGUUGUGGAGUAUCUUGGGUGAAACUCUACGUAUGAGCUCUCUACCAAAUUACCCAGGAGCCAGAAUAUCUGGCUGCUGGACGCUGACAUCUGAUGGCCGCGGAGCUGGCGAGGGAUCACUGGACCGCCUACUGCCCUCGGUGAGCACAGGCCUUUCACCCCGCAAAAGGACCACCAGUCAGUGCAAGUCUGAGCCGCCUCUCCUCCGCACCUCCAAACGCACCAUUUACACCGCUGGGCGUCCUCCUUGGUACAACGAGCAUGGCACACAGUCCAAAGAGGCCUUUGUCAUUGGUCUGUGUGGUGGAAGUGCCUCGGGAAAGACAACUGUUGCGAGAAAAAUCAUCGAAGCCCUCGACGUUCCUUGGGUCGUCCUCCUUUCCAUGGACUCGUUUUACAAGGUCCUCUCUUCAGAACAGCAGGCCCGGGCAGCCAGUAACAAUUACAACUUUGACCACCCUGAUGCCUUCGACUUCGAUUUACUGACGCACACACUGCGAAAGCUCAAGCAGGGCAAGAGUGUCAAAAUUCCUGUGUAUGACUUUACAACUCAUGGACGACAGAAGGAGUGGAAAACCGUGUAUGGAGCCAGUGUUAUCAUCUUUGAGGGGAUCAUGGCCUUCACCGAUAAGGCACUCUUGCAGUUGCUGGACAUGAAGAUUUUUGUGGAUACAGACUCAGACAUCCGGCUUGUGAGGCGGCUAAGGAGGGACAUAACUGAGCGAGGCCGGGACAUAGAGGGUGUCAUCAAACAGUACAAUAAGUAUGUCAAGCCAGCCUUUGAGCAGUACAUCGAACCUACCAUGCGUCUGGCUGAUAUUGUUGUGCCCCGUGGUGGCGGGAACAUGGUGGCCAUUGAUUUGAUCGUGCAGCAUGUCCACAGUCAGCUGGAGGAGAGGAAACUUCGCUGGGAUAUGGCAGCGCUGGCCUCCGCACACCAAGCCCAACCUCUCCCCCAGACUCUCAGCGUUCUAGAGAGUACACCUCAGGUCAAAGGCAUGCACACCAUCAUCAGGAACAAAGAAACCAGCCGGGAUGAGUUCAUCUUUUACUCGAAAAGGUUGAUGCGUCUUUUGAUUGAGCGUGCACUCUCCUUCCUGCCAUCACAGCCCCACGUCGUCCAGACACCCCAGGGACAAGACUAUGAGGGUAGGACUUUCCACGGAAAGAGGAUCACUGGCGUAUCCAUUUUGCGGGCAGGAGAAACCAUGGAGCCGGCUCUAAGGGCCGUUUGCAAAGAUGUCCGUAUCGGAAAAAUUCUCAUUCAGACAAAUCAGGACACAGGAGAACCAGAGGUUCAGCUUCAUUACCUACGUCUCCCCAAAGACAUCAGUGAAGAUCACGUCAUUCUGAUGGACUGCACUGUGUCCACCGGCGCUGCGGCCAUGAUGGCUGUUAGAGUGCUACUGGAUCACGACGUACAAGAGGACAAGAUUCUUCUGGUGUCACUCCUGAUGGCUGAAAUGGGAGUGCACUCGGUAGCAUACGCCUUCCCGCAGGUGAAGAUCAUCACCACAGCAGUGGACAAGAAAGUCAACGAUCUGUUCCACAUCAUACCUGGCAUCGGAAAUUUUGGGGAUAGGUACUUUGGAACCGAUGCUCCUCCUGACUGGAGUGACGAUGAGAUGGAUGAGCCCAGUUACUGAUUCGUCAUGAAUCAUCGGCCGUGCACUUGCUUAUCACGUGGCCCGCAAAGAGCAAUUUGAUACCUCCCUCUGCGGCACCCCCAGCAAAAGAAUUAUACUGUACAGUCACCCGUUGAAAUGUUUAAAUUAUAUUAUUCUUGAUGAAGUUGAAAUAUAAAGGUUGAUAUUUUUGUAUAGUUAAAAUGUCUUGUUAGGUUAGUGUGGGAACAUUUGCAAUGACAAAUCGCGCCUUAAAUGCCUCGUACUGUGGAUGACACACUGAAUGUGAAUUCGUACAUGGCGUGGGGGAAAAAUAGUAAGUGUUGCCUUUAUUAGCCAUGAGAAGUUAAAUCAGUAAACAAACUCAGCUUUCACGUGCACUUUCAGAACGACUGUUCAAUCGGAAAAUGUGUAGGUGGUUGUGUUUCUUUCUAUUUCUUUUUUUUUGUUAGGGUUCAAACCUUUCCUUUCUCUCUGGGGUGUGGAGGACGCUUUUUGUAAACAGCUGAAAGGUCGCAUUGUGCAAAAGCAUCUACAAAGACUGCUGCACAUGACUCCAGACUUCACUUUACCAGAGAGCAGGCAGUUUAGAUUAGAUGGAGAGCAUAACGCAUUUUAGUCUCUUUGUUGUGUUUUUCUCCAAGCCAUAAAAACUCACCAUCAGUAUUGAAAACAUUGCUCAGUUCUUUUACGCUGUUGCAUGAAAACACACUAUUCCAUAGCAGAUGAUAGGUUAUUGUGUGGAAAAUUGUCUUGAAGAUGUGACUUUUGAUGCCAUAUUUUUAUUAUUUAUUGUGUAAAAAAAUAUAUUAUACAAGGGACUGUUGGUUUUCUCGGUGCAGUCGAAGACCACUGUAAAUGUUUUGUCACUGCUGAAUGCAAGAACUAGAACUUCAUGUUUUAACUCAUGACUUUGCACUGUUCUGUUUACAAAUUCUGCACGUUUUUUUUUUUUUUUUUUUUAAUGUUCAAUAAAAGUGCAAUUGUUUUAAUUGUCGUGGCAGUCUU